CGUCGGCUAACUGUUGCCUGCCAGAGAUUGAAAAAUUAGAAAGUCUCAGCAUGGAUCUGAAGCAGAAAACAUAUCUCCUGGUGACUGGAGCAUCGCGUGGCAUUGGCCGCGAAUUCGCCCAACAGCUGUCGCAACGCAUUCAAUCUGUGGGUUCGCUGGUUGUGCUGAUGGGACGCAGCCAGCCGCUGCUCGAGGAGACAAAGGCCAACAUUUUGAAGGAAAGUCCAGAUCUGUCUGUUCGCACGUUCGCUUUGGAGUUGAGCACAGCCAGGGCCGAAGAUUUUGGCGGUAUCAUAUUCGAAUCCCUCAACCAUGCAAAGGCGUAUCCGCGCCACUUCCAGCGCGCUGUUAUCAUCCACAAUGCGGGCACAGUCGGCGACACUUCCAAGCGUGCUCGGGAGAUUGGUGACACGGUGUAUCUGCAGCAGUAUUACCACACCAAUGUGUUCUCCGCCAUUGCCCUCAACUGCCAGUUCAUGCGCAUCUUUGGUGACGUCCCCAAGCUGGUGGUCAACCUAAGCACCCUGGCGGCCAUAGCCCCAAUCUCAUCGAUGGCCUACUAUUGCACUGUGAAGGCUGCCAGGGAGAUGUAUUUCCGUGUGCUGGCCACCGAGGAGUCAGCACCGGGCACUCUGGUGCUCAACUAUGCGCCCGGAAUGAUUGACACCCAGAUGACAGUUCAGGUGCAGCGCGAGGCUCACGAUCCCGCGGUGGUGGCCAUGUUCCGGGAGCAGCGUGAGGCCAAAACAAUGCUGACACCGCCUCAGACAACGGAGCGAUUCAUCCAGGUGCUGGAGGCACAACGGUUCAAGUCCGGCGACCAUGUCGACUACAAAGAUCACGAUGCGGCCUAGAUUAGAAGGCAAAUAUUACAACAUUUUGUAUGUUUAUUGGAUAGUUGUAUUAAAAUUUAAACGCAAAAAAUGAA